UCUGGGGAUUUCAGCCUAGACUUACUAAUAAUUUUUCUAGAAUCCUUUUAUUAAAGUUGCUAAUUUUACCUUUUCUUGUUCUAGUUUUGAAUGUUGUCUAGGACUUUGACUACAAAUACAAUUCUUCACCACUAGAAGCUUCAAGGCCUUUUGAUUGUGAUUGAGAUGGGUUUCUGUAAUUUUAUUCUUUUUUUUUUUUUGUCAAAAAAUAAAAUAAAAUCUUUGUUGCCUGCCAUUUGUUUUCCUGAUAUGUAACUUGAUAUUUGAGCUCAAGAUUGGCGAAGGUUUUGGUGUCCUGGUAUGAGAGGAACCAGAGCAUGCCAAAAACUGAGGAGCAAAAAUUUAUGCAGAGGUUCGUGGCUAUGGGAUGUCAGGAAAAGAAUUUUGUGGUACACCUUCUGUCCAAUAAAUCUUCAGCUGAUGACUGUUGAUCUUCAGAUUUGUUAGUAACUGGAAAUUAACUUGCUUGACAGUCUGUGUUGAUCCUUCAAUUAAUACUUCCAUAUGAUAUGGAUGAGUAUGAUGUACUGCAAAGAUGAUGAUAAAAGUUCAAAGGAAUGAAAGAACAUCUCAAUCAUAUUAUUGUUAACUGAUGCAUACUUAUUUUUAUGAAACCUUAAGAUACCUCUUCCUGCAUUCUUCCUCUACCAAAGUAUGACUUCUCUUGGGAGUUCAAAAUCAUGUGCUAUGGGUCAUCUCCUAGGAGCAGCUGGAGCUGUUGAAGCAAUUUUUACCGUUUUAGCCAUGCAUCAUGGAGUUGCACCUUUGACGCUUAAUGUCAAUGAACCAGAUCCCACUUUUGAUGACGCUUUCUUGCCUUUGACUGCUUCAAAAAGAUGCCGGUAAGAGUGGCCUUGUCCAUCUCAUUUGGUUUUGGAGGAACCAACACAUCCUUGCUUUUUGCUUCUCCCUCAAGAAAUGGAAUGGAUUAAAUAUUGUAUUUUCCUGCUCUAGUUCAGAAUUAGAAGCAUCAUAUUAUUUCUGGGGUUGGAUGACAACCUGCAUUACAAUCACAGUUCCAAGACAGCCAUUUGAUUGGCUAUCUUGGAAAAUUUUGGUAUUUUUAUGCUCUUUUUUAGUUAGUAACAUCAUUGAAACUUCUAACAUUCGAAUUUGUUGGGCUUAAGAAAGCCAAGUUGACUAC